AUGCUUGGCAACAUUAUUGAAAAAAUUCUAAAAUCCUACCUUGGAUAAUAUCUAGAUGGUAUUGAGAGAAAGUAUAUUCAUGUUGGUAUGUUUUCAGGAAAAUUUAAAGUAGAAAAUGUUCGUAUCAAGCAGGAAUUAAUUGACUUACUUGAAUGGCCUAUUAAACUUCAAUUUUCUUUUGUCGAAACAUUCGAAGUUAAUUUUUAAAUUACAAAUUUUCGCUCUAAGCCUUUUAGAAUUGAAAUGAGUAACAUAUUUAUGAUGGUUCAACCAAAGGAAAAGAGCGAAUGGAAUUUGCACACAUUUAACACCUUGGCUUAUAAAUAAAAUUGGCUAGAAUAUUAUAUACAGCAGUUUAUAUAGGAAUAAGCGAAAUAGGAGCAGGCUAAGCAGCUUAAAUAAGGAGAGGCAACAGGAAUGAGUGGCUAUAUAGAGCGGCUGGCAGCUGUAGUAGUGGAUAAUAUAGAAAUUUGCAUUAAAAAUGUUCACCUAAGAUUUGAGUCUCAAAAUCCAGUAUAUGCUUGGGGAAUAACUAUAGGUAAAAUUGAAGCAUUUACUGUAAAUAACGAAUGGAAAGAAAAGACGUUCGUUGAUAGAAUGAAUGCUAAAGACAGAGAUAAGCCCAUAAAUAAGCUAGUUUAAAUUAAAAACUUUGGAUUUUACUGGGAAAACAGCUAGGCUGAAAUGUUUGCUAAUUAAAAUUAAGAUGUCAUUGUAGAAAAAAUGUAUGAAUAUGUUAUUUAUUAAGCUUAAGCAGGUGCUUUUGAUUAUAAGAGAGGAUUUAGUUCAACUCAAUACAUUGUUUGUUUCUCAGUUGACUUGAGAUUAAUAAUGAAUUUUGUAGUGCAGAAAUGGGAUAUACCUGAAUUCGAUAUGAAGAUAUCUUUCAACAAUAUUGAUAUUAAAAUUAGUCAUGAGUAGUUAAAGGAUAUGUUAAUGCUAAGCACACUUCUAAGCAAUUACUAGUAUUGUAUGAGAAUAGAAAAAGAUAAAGUUAAGAUAAAAACAUCAAAACCAGAUAUUGAGCAUUUCAAAAGGGUUACAUCAAGCAUCAGAUAGAUAAAAGCUGAAAUUAGUAGCAUAAGUUCACUGCUGGAUGGGUUUAACAGAGCUAACUUGAUAGAUUUAAAUAAUUAAUAUACUUUAAAUUUAGAUUUAGUAAAUAAUUAAGUUGAGUAAAUUAACUAAAAUGAGUAAUAUAAGUUGAUGGAUAGAAAUCAGUUAAAGUCUUAACUUGACUAAAAAUAAGAAAAACUACAAUUGCUUAAAUAAGAACUCAAUAUGCUGAGGAAUUAAUAUUGGAGAUUCUGUUUUGACAAGGUACAACAAUUUCUCAUGGAAAAAUAUUAUAAAGAGAGCUUAAAAAAAAUAAUGUCCUCUAAAAUACCAACAGUACAGAAAUUGGUAAAAGAAAAGGAUUUUCAAAAGAUUUAUCAAUACAAAAUUUUAGAUUAAAAGCAAGUGAAAUGGUACAAAAAGGCAAUUUAAAAAAAUGAUUUAGAAGAUUUGGUUAGAUGGAGUAAAAUAGAAAAUAUUGGAUAAAAAUCUACAGAAAAAUCAAAAAAAGAAAAAUAAAAGUCAAGUAGAGGCUUAUUUGGUUUCUCAAAGUAAGUUGAAAGUGAGGAAGAAGAGGAGAAAAACUUUAAUUUAGCUAGAAAAUUUGACAAAGCUAAGUAUUAAGAAGCAAUAGAUUAAGCUUUUCCUAUCAGAAAUGCAAAUGUGAGACCAAAAGAAUACGUUUGGAUGCAAAUAGAAGUGAAAAUAUAAUCUUGUACUAUUUAAAUUAGUGAGUUAAUUGAAAUAGAGCAAGGUAAACAUCCAAAAUAUCAUGAUAGAAACAGCAAAAUCAAGUAAAUAGAAGAGGGCUUGCUAACUCAAUAUUAUGAUAUUAGGUUUGAAAUGCUUAAAAGAGAUAUAAAUUUUGAAAUAUCUACAGAGCUAAGAGAUUUGUAAAUGUGCCUUUUUACUUAAUAGCAGGAUUCUCGUAACCAAGUGCUGGUGCCUAUUCUCAAAAAAGUUGAAACAAUCAGUCAAGAUAAGAAACCUCUUGUUUAUUUUAGGUUUGAAAAAUAGCCAAUAAAUAAACCCAACACUUUUUUUGUUUUGAACUCUGAAAUUUAACAAAUAAUAUUUACUUAUUACCCUUAAAAGUUGUAAAGAAUAAUUAGUUGGCUAGAUUAUUAAACUUAAUUUGUUAGUUAAUCUUAGCAACAUCAUGAAAUUUAAUCUAACUAAGAAGAAUAUGACCUUUCUAUGCUUAAAAAAGAACAAAAUAUUGUUAUGAGAGCACCAAUUAUUGUUAUCCCCUUGAAUUCUUAGAGCAGCAACGAAAGUGAGUGCUUAGUUAUUAACUUUCAAGAAUUAAAAUUCUAGUCAAUAGAUGAAUAAAUUAGAAAUAAAAAUUCUAUUUUUGCCAACAACAGUAAUGUAGCAAAUAAUAAUUCUGGUAAUAACAUAAUUAAUAGUCCAAAUUCUAAGAAUUAUGCAUUCUCCAAAGCUUCUCCUAAUUAGAACCCUCUGAUCCAUUCCCCAUCCUUAGGACCUAACAAUUUGUUAGAAAGAUAGCAUUCAAAAACAAUUAUUGACAAUCCACUUAAAAAAAAUACCAUAAAUAACAGUUAGAAAUCUAAUAAACUAGAUCCAGGCGUAGAAAUAUUUUAUGAAUACUAUAAAGUUGAAGCAACAGGAAUUACCAUUUCUUACUUUUCAUCAAUAAAUCAUCUGAAUAAUCACCUACGCUUUAAAAAUUCGACUAAAUAUAAUGAGAUUGUCAACAAUCCAAUAAGAAAAAAAGGAGUAAUUCAUGAUAUUGUUGAAAAAUUUAAUUAUUCCAUGGAAUUAGGAUUGUUGAAUCAAUAUUUCAAAGGCUUAUUUCCUCAAAUGCCAAACACGACAAUGAAGAGCGAAAUAUCAAAUAUCACUCUUAACCUUACUUCAUACCUUUACUUUACUCUAAAUAAAAUAUCAGAUCUGUUUAAAAUGGAAGAUGAUAUCACAAAGGUUUAGGAGUUUCUCUAGCUUGAUAAAGAGAUUUUGAUUAAAUUUUCUUAAGAAAAGGGCUAUUUGAUGAAAAGAGGAGACACUUUUAAAUCAUGGGCAAACUACUAUGUUAUAUUUUCAGGAAAUUUUCUUUAUUUCUUUAAUAACAGGAAUGAUGAUUACUACACCUACCACAUAUAUUUUAAAAAUGCUAUCAUUAAAGCUGAAUCCAGUUUGGAUAUCGGAGUUCCUUUUUGCAUAAAAUUGAUAGUUAAAAAUAAAGAAAUUUAUUUAGCAGCUAAUAAUAGUUAAGAAUAUAGAAAAUGGAUGAGAGUGCUUACAAAAUACUAAGGAAUUAUCAACUAAGAGAAAGAGAAAAAGAAGAAACUUCAGCGUGAUAAGCUAGAUUUCGAAAGUGACCAGUUUCCAAAUAAUUAAAACACACAAAAUUAACAAGAAAACAGCAACCAAAUUUAAAAUAAACUUGAAAUAAAAUUAAACAUAUAAAAGUUCAAUAUUCAAAUCCAUCAAGAUUUCAAAAAGCAAUCAUCAUUAAUAGCAAAAAAUCACUAAGAGAAUGAUACUUCUUAAUGGAUGGAUAUUAAUAUUGAUCUUAUUAAUUUAGAUUUUACGAGUAAGACUUCUGAAACUAAUUUGAAGAUUAAACUAGGAAGUUUAAAAGCCAUAGAUUUUAUUCAUUUAUACCCUCAAGGAUUUAUAGAAAGCUUAAUUUAAAGCUAUCCUUUUAUAGAAGACAAAAACAAAAAGUUUUAAAAAAAUCUAAUGGAAUUCGAAUUCACUCAAAGAAAUUCUAAGCACCCAAGCUUCAAUAAUAUAGAAAUGGAUAUUAAAGCUUCAAUAGGAUCACUAUUUUUGAAUUGGAAACCUGAUACAUUCAAAAGAAUACUACAAUUUUUUAACUCGCAGCAGUAAGAAGAGCAAAAUUAUUAGAAAGAUCGCAAAGAAUAGAGUGUCUAAUAAAAUUAGCAAAAAACUCAUCAAUCUUAUGCAUAUAAAGAUAUAUAGUCUUUUGAUAAUCAUAAUGAUAUUCAAGAAAGUAAAUACAAAUAAUCGAUGAUGAAUAAACCUAAAAACGUUGUCACCAAUUCAAGAUUAGCUAGUACCCAAAAGAGUGUAAAAAGUAAAUUUAACACAAAUACUAUUGAAGAAGAAGAACAAACUAUUUCUGGUUCCUACGCAGGUGGAUCAAAAGCUUAAAUUAUUUUACCUGAGGAAAACAAGAAUAAACAAUCAAUGAAAAUAAAUAUAAAUACAUAAUUUGAAGAAUUGCAAGUGAUCCUUAUUCAUAGAACAUCAGAUAUCAAAAAUAAUGAUGGGCUGCAUCAGUUUACUGCUUUAGCAAGAAUUGAUAUAAUCUAAGGGAAUUUGUAGGGAAGAUUUUACCCUCAAGAAAAGUAUUUAGAUGCGAAUCUGGGUGAUUUAUAAGUUAUCGACUUAACAAGAUAUCCUGAUACAUAAAUAAUAUACAAUUAAUUUAGUAUAGAAGGAUUGAAAAUAUUUGGUAGAGAUGAUAAUGUGGCUGGUGAUGUGAUUAAAAUUUAAUUUGUUAGUUAUGAUGAUGGGUAAAACGGAAUUGAAAACAAAUAUACUUUGGAAAACAUAUAUAGUGUAAUAGAUAUUAAAAUAAAUUAGUUGUACCUUGUUUACUUCUAAAAGCCCUUUCUACGUUUAGUAAACUACUGGUAGCAGUAAUUAAUAGCUGUGCUAACUAACAAAUAUAAUACUGACUCAGAGUUAGAAGAGAAUAAAAAUAAUUCAAAAGAUCUUCUUUCAUAACUUCGAAACCCUAAAUUUAUUAAUUACAUGAUAACAAUUGAUAAACCAAAAAUAGUACUAAAAUCUACUCCUUAAACUAAUGAAUGGAUAGAAUUAAAUUUAGGUUCAAUCACAAUUCAAAACUCAAAUUAUUAGAAAAAGAUAAAAGAGUUAGAAAAUGAUCGUAAGAUUAAUUUUAUGUGGUGUGAAAAAAUUCAAAUCGAAUGUAGCGAAAUGUCAGUGUUUAUGAAAUAUUCUACCCAAGAGAUUAGAGUUUCUGAUAACAUUCACUUUAAUCUCGAGAUCGAGACAUAUCCUUUCUUCACUUAUUACUCUUAAUAUUUUAAAAAUAAAACAGAUCUAACGAACCAAAUAGAGAUUUUAGGAAGAUCAACUUUAAUUAAUCUAAAAAUAUCAAAGCAUUAAUACUAAACAAUAAUGAAUAUCUUAAAUUAAAAUUUAAAUUUUGAUGAUGGGUACGAUAAAUAUUUCAUCUUCAACUAUGAAGUAAGAAAAUAGUAGAGUAGUAAAGUACAAACUUACAUUUAGCUAGAUUUUUCAGAAAUAUCUUUGUAUCUUUAAGAUUAGAAUUCCAAAAAAGAUGUUAACGAAGGCUUAAUUUCAUUCUAUUUUUAAGAAACAGGUAAUUAAGAGAAUUGCAACUCUUUUAAGCUUAGCAUUUAAGAUGCAAAAUUUAUUUACAUUUCAGAAGUUAGUGAUUAUUUUGAAAUUGAAUUUCAUGGAAAGCAUUUAUUUGGGUCAUAUUUUUUAAAUAAAAAUGAAAUUUUCUUGGGAGAUCCAGUUUAGGAAGACACUUAAAUAGGGUUUUUAGGUGAUCUCGGUCCUAUUAAAUAAAAUGGUAAGCCAACAGAUGAAAAGAAGAAGAAAAAUUUAAGAGAAGAAACUAGAAGAGGAACUACCUCAAGCAUGAGAAAUAUGAUGAAAUCAUCAUUUGUUUCUAGAUAAUCUAUUUCUAACAAUGUUGAUUUAAACUAUUCAGAAGAAUAAACAAUACAAGAAUAUUUGUAAUAAGUUAAAGCUUCAGUUUCUAUGAUAUUCUACAAAGAAGGAAGUACAAAAAUGAGAAUAACACUUGCUAACUCAAAGCUAUUAAUAAACUCAUAUGUUAUAUUUUCUAUUCUCAACUUUAUAAAAACAGAUGAAAUUUAAGAAUAAAGCAAGAGUGCAAGCAAACAAAAAAAAAAGAACAAAUAACCAGCACCAUUUACAAUAGAUCUGAAAACUAAAAAUAUUUUAAUUGGUGUGUAGAGUGAUCCUAAAGAAAAAUAAAUCAUCGUACUUUCAGGUACUGUGAAAGUGCUCUAUGAAAAAGACACUCUAAAUACCAAUCACAUUGAUUACCAUAACGAAUAAGAAGGUGUAGAAGAUAGAGAAGAAGAUGAAUCUAUUGCUCAUUUGUCUAACUAUUAGAUGGAAUAACUUCAGAAUACAUCACUUAAGAUAAGUGCUAAGAAACUGGAAGUAUCAAACAUACAAGUUAAGGAUUUAUAUGAAAAAAGCAGCUAAAUCUAACUUAAAAAGAGAAAUAUCAUGAAACCAACUGAAUUUAGAUUGAUUCAUUCGCAAUUUUCUUGCGAUUGCUAAGAAGAAGUUAAAUUAAUAUAAAACACUAAGUUUUUUAUUGGUAAAGCAAACUGUCAUUUAUCUUACAAAGAUUUAGAUCUUCUCUACACAACACUUAAGUUUCAAAAAGCUCUUAAGGAAAAUGCAAAGUAGUAUCUUGGUUAUUUCGAUAAUUUAGUUAAUAAUAAAGAUAAUGAAUCUGAGAUUAUUAGUAUUGGUAGUAUCGCUUAGAAAGUGAAUAACACCUUUUAACCACAACCUUAAAUAAUCACAUCCGAAAUGGUUGAUUCAAAUAACAGAAGCUACUAAGUAGAUGAUGCAUAAUUAAGCUUAGCUGCUGCUGCUAAAAGAACAAACUUCACUAAAAAGCAAACUAUUUUCAUGGAAAAGUUAAAUGAUAAUAAAUUACAGCCUAUAAAUUAGAAUUCUUCUCAAAUUAUAAAGAGCCAAAAAAUAAAUUCUAAUAAUAUCAUUAGUGGAGCUUCAAUAGUAAAUGUGAACAGAACUUUCAACUAAAAUGGCCAAUCAAAAAAAUAAACUUCUGGAGAGAAUUCUCAGCUAUCCAAGUCACAACUAAGUAAAAAAAAUGAUAAGCCCAUCUAAAACUUCAGAUUAAUUGUAGAGUCUGUAGAAGUCCUUAUUAUAAAUGAUUUAAAUUAGUCAUUUAUACCAAUGAUGCACUUAAAUUUUUAGCUUUUUCCUGAAAUAUUGUACACUUUAGAGAAUGGUCUUGGAAAGGUAGAAGGCGUUUGUAUUUUUGAGAUAGAGUAUUUCAAUCCCUCAGUAGGUAAAAUGGAACCUAUAAUAGAAGAAGCAAGUUUUAAAAUGAUGUAUAUAUUUAAUGAGGAAAAAAACUAAAAAAUCUUAGAUAUAGAGCAAAAUUAGAAUGAUAAGUUUGGAAUAAAGCCACUAAUAAACAUGAAUAUUUCUGAUAGAAUGAUUGCAGUCUUAUAUAAAAGCUUUAAGUAUUGGAGAAAGAGAUUUCAAUAGAAUUCGUAGAAAAUAAAUAUGGAUAACCAUCAAGCUGAAAUACCAUUUAACUUUGAACAGUCUAUGAUAAAUAGCUUAGCAAUUAAUCCAAGCAAUUUCUUCCACAGACAAUAAACUAAAUUUAUCACUUCAAGUGCUGAAAAUCAUUAAUAAAAAGAAUAUGUUACUCUUUUUUCAUUCUAUAACAUGACAGGCUAUACAAUCAUAGUCAAAAAAUUACAACAAGACUAAAAAGCUUAAACAAUUAGAAUCGAAUCUGGAUAAACACUAAAUUUUUAGAUAGAAUCAGAUCAAGAGAACUUUGCUAAAACAUUUGAAUCACAUUAUUCUGUUAUGGUUUAAUUUGAAACUAGAGGAUACUAAACAUUUUAUAUUUAUGAUAUAAAAUCUGAUAGAGAAAGGCAAGAUGUGUAUCUCUGGUAAUAAAAAAGAAUUCAGGAUGAGAAUUUUGGAGAUAUCAGCUAUUUAGAAGAAAAGCAAAAAGAAGAAAUCGAAAACAAUAAAAUUAUUUAAUAAAAUUUUAACAAGCAAUAUAUAGACAAUUACACCUUCAAGAAAUACCAGCACCACUUCUUUUUAUCUUAAAUUGAAUUGGUUGAUGUUAGAAAAACUAUUAUUUUAAGUUCUUGUUAUGUUAUUUAAAAUUUUUUGCAAUUCAAAGUCAAGGUCAAGUUAGAAAAUAAAAAUGUUGGAAGCUUCUCGUUUGAAAUAAAACCUAAAAAAAUUGGAGCCAUCCCAUUAGAGUUUAUGGAUGAAUUAACUUAUAUUUCUAUUUAAGGAAACCCAAAAAAUAAUUAGAGUAUUUCAGAGUACAGCAGACCUUAAAGCUUGAUCGAAUUAUACUAAUUGGGUUUUAACUAGUCGAAAGAAAUUUAUCAUCACCCAAUGGUUUGUCUAGUUAGAAAAUAAUAUGAUACUGUUAUGAAAGACAGAGUUAUACUUGUCUUCGAUACACUUAUAACUUUCUAAAAUUUAUUACCUCUGCCUUUAAAUAUAAGUAUUCAGUAUUUAAAAACUGAAUAAUCUAGGAUUACGCAAAUAGAAAAUGCUAGAAGAAUGUUUGAUUAGGAAUAACACCGUUACUCAACAGGAGAUUAAAUAAACUUGCUUCCUUAAUAAUUGUAUUAAGAGAAUUAUGCUUCAUAUUCUUCUCAGAUAGAUAUAAAGGCUUGGGUUGUUGGUUUCUUUAAGAGCUAAUCAUUCCUUGUUUACUAAAGAGGAGCUAAAGAGAAUACUUAUCCAAGAUAGCUAAUUAUUAAAGAUUCAAAAGAAAAAGAAUAAAUAAUCAACAUUGAGAGAGAGUUUGAUGGAGGAAGUGUGAGAAUAAAAUUUUAUUGCAAAAUGUGUAUUAUAAACACAACAGGUUUGGAUCUGAUUGUUUAUAGAGUUGAUGGAUAAAAAUACGAUAUAAUUUAGGGACAAUAGAAUGAAAUGCUGAAACUUGAAGAAUCUAACAAUUCAAAUCACUAUUUCGCUAAUGUUGACUAAUCGUCUCAGCAUUCUGAAUAAUCAUUUUUAUCAAAUAAGCUCAAAAAAUAGAAAUCAUUAUUUGAGAACUAUUAAAUAGAAUAAGAGUCAAUUUAGGAAGACUAAGUAAAUGAAGAUAGUAUGAUUCAUUAACAUUCAAAAUAUGAUCAAUUUUUCCAUAGAGUCAUACUUUUAAAUGAAACAGAUGAGAAGCUUGCUCUUUCUUUCAAAUAAAUAGAAUUCAUUUAAAAAAAGACAGAGAAAAACAUAGACGAAAAUUUGUUUAUUCAGUUUUCUGUUAAGAGUAUAAAUAUAAAGGAAUAAGAUUUCAUCGAUUUGAAAAUAAUGACUCCAGAUCAGGCAAAUUAUUAGUCUUAAUAAAAUUUAAAUUAAAAUUAGAAGCAAGUUUUCUAGUAUGAUUUAGCUCUUAAGUUUAAUUAACACAAACUCAACAACACUAGCUUAUACACAAAAAUUCUUACCAUAAUACCAAAAAUUGUUAUUGUUAAUAAAUCUACCAUAAACUUUUAAAUCAAAUAGUUUGGGACAGAAUCAACUUAUAUACUUCCUACUAAAAAGAGAAUAAUUUAAAAAUGGGAACAUAAUGCAAAACAAACCUUGCAAAUAAGGCCUAAUGAUAAAUAUGAAUGGUCAGGAGAAAUAGCUGUUGAAUUUAUAAAAACUUACCACUUUUACUGCCAUAAAAAAAUUGAUUCUUAAUCUGAAACAGAAAAAAACUAUGAUGAUUAUAUAUUUAUGAAUGCUUCAGUUGAGUAAGGAGGACCAAUAACAUAUGUUAUGAUAAGGGAUGUAUAAGAAGAUAAUAUACCUUAUCUUUUUAUAAAUAAUUGUUCUGAAAUUUUGAUAAAAAUAAAAUAGCUAAAUAAAGAAGCAGUUCCAUAAACCUCUAAAUAAAAUUUAUCUCAACCUAAGUUGUCACAUUUUUCUAAUAGUUAGAUUAAAAAGUCAACAUAUUUACCUUUUGAUAAAAAAAAGAAUUAAUUUAAUAAAUUUAUAAUUUAUCCAAAUAAGAAUACAAAUUUUGCAUGGUAAAAUCCUUGCUAGGAGAGCAAAGUACAAGUCAAGUUUUAUUUAUUUAACAAAGACGAAAAGCUAAAAGUUUAACCUAUCAUAAUAGAUCUACAGAGCAUUAACUUCGAAGACCACAUAGUUUGUGAACUAGUGUAUGGAAAUAGGAUUAUGAGGAUUUAAUAAAAUACAAGCUUUAAAGGAAUGACAAGAAUUAUUACAUUCUCAGAAUUUUUUGGGAACUUCACAAACCCAAAAAAUAAAUCUAUUAAUAUAAUGCCAUUUACUUAAUCAGUGAUUUAAAGCAUAGAUUAAAAUUAAAGCAUGCUAAAUUCAUAAGAUGAAAUUAAUUCUAUGGACUAAAUAGGAGAGGGAGGUUUCUCUUUGAACCUCAAGAUUAGGGAAAUAGGAGUUUCCUUUAUAGCUAAUCAUGGUGGAAAGAACAAAGAAUUAAAUUAUAUCCUUUUCAAAAACAUAGAAACUUCUUUUAUCUAAAACAAAGACAUUAGAGAUAUAUCUUUAAAUAUCAAAUAUUUUCAAAUAGACAACAAUACAGACUAGGAUUCUAUUACACCAAUUAAUGUCACACCCCAGUUAUACAGGUCUAUCAUGGAAAACGAUGAAAAUAAAGUUUUUUGCUUUAAAAUGAAACAAAACCAUUAAGCCUAAGCUAUUUCGAUAAUACAAAAUUUUGAAUUGAAUAUAGCACCACUCAAGUUUAAAAUAGAUUAGGAAUAUUUGCAAACUAUUAUAGAUGUAAAUAAUAAUAUUAGUCGUAUAAUAGAAGAAAUGAUUGAUGAUGAGGAAGAUGAGUUUAAUGUCAAAUACACAAUUACAAAAUAUUUGUUUGAGCAGUAAAAAAAGAGGAGCUUGAUGGAAAAAGAUAUACUUAAGAAAGAAGAAUUUGAUUAGCAUGCAUCAUUUUUUGAAGAUUGGAGAUUCCAUGAUCUGCCUGAGGUAUCUUCUGGUAUUUAUAUUAAGAAUCUCUAAAUAGGAAAAAUUCUUGUUGGACUUUCAUAUCAUCCUUCGUUUAUAUCUGAGCCUGAUUCUUAUCUCCUGCUAAAUACAUUUGCUAGCGUUUUAGGAACAGCAAUUGGAAAUGUAGAUGAUGCACCUUUGAAAAUAAAGAAAUACAUUAUGAAAGAGGUUUAUGAUAGCCAGAGCGGGAUUAAGAAUUAAAUUCUUAAAAACUACAAAUCAUAAGCAUUUAGAUAAUUAUUUAGAAUUUUAGGAUCUUUUGAAAUUAUUGGAAAUCCUGUUGGCUUUUACAAUAAAAUAGUAGAUGGAUUUUAGGAGUUAGUAGAAAAACCUAUAGAAGGAAUAUAAUAAGGUCCCGUUGAAUUUGGAAUUGGUAUUACUGAAGGUACAAGUUCUUUGCUAAAAAAUGGAGUUGCUGGUACUUUCUAAUCUUUGAAUAAAAUGACAGGAACAAUAAGCACUGGUGUAUCCAAAAUGACCAUGGACAAAUAAUAUCAAGAAAAACGAAGAAGAUUUAUGAUGAAGUAGCCUUAAAAUGCAAUAGAUGGAAUAGAAUAAGCUGGUAUUUCAAUAUUCAGAGGAUUUUAGGAAGGUAUAGUUGGAAUUGUUGAAUAACCAUUAGAAGGUGCUGAAAAAGAUGGUGUUACAGGAUUCUUGUUAGGAACAGUAAAGGGGUUAACAGGAGCUAUUGUGAAACCAAUUACUGGUAUUUUAGAUGCAACUUCAAAAACCGCAGAGGGCUUAUCUAAUACAGUUACUCAUUUCGAUGAUAAAGCUAAUGACGAAAGAAAUAGACUUCCUAGAACAUUUUACGAUUUUAUGGGGUAUUACAAAAGAUACUGCUUGAGUGAUGCUCAAUUUAGCCUUUUGUGCUAUAACUUUCCUAAGCUAAGAGAUCUUCAUAUAAUAGAUAGUAUAAAGAUAUCUGGAGAUAAUUAUUUAGGAAUAGCCAGAGAGAAAAUUAUCAUUUAUAACAAUAAAAAAUUGAAAAUAGUCAGAAUUAUUGAUCCUAUAAUGAUAGGAGAAAUUUAAACAGAGAGAAACUUCUUAAAACGUAGUGAUGACUAAAUUUAAUUCUAAGAAGAUAAAGUAAGCACUAAAAUGAAUAAAAACGAGUAUUUACUUCAUUCACAAUUAACUAAGGAAGAUAUUUAUAAAAUAACAGUAAAAUAUUUUUACUAAAGUGAACUUUCAAAUAUUAAGUAAUAUGCUACAAACUAAGAACAAGAAUUAGAUAGUGAUUAAAUUGAGCUUUUUAUAUAAGGAGAAGAAAAUAGCUAUCAGAUUGUGUCUAAACUCAAAAUGGUUAAGCAUAAAGACGAAAUUUAUAAUAACAAGAUAAAUUUCGAAGGAUCAGAUUUUGGAGCUUUAAGUCCAAAAAAAUAAGACAGCUUUUAAUGA